AUGGCGGCACAGCUGACCGACCCGGCCUUCCUCGGCCUCGCCGAGGGCGCAACCGCGCACUGGCUCGACUACGGCUGGGUCUACGCGUUUGCGGCCGCCAUCGGCUUCGGCACGACCAUCGCGGAGCCCUCGCUCAUGGCCGUCGCCCACAAGGCCGCCGCCGUCUCGGGCGGGACGAUCAGGCCCUGGGGCCUGCGCAUCGCGGUCGCCAUCGGCGUCGCGGUCGGCGUCGGGCUCGGGGCCGUCCGCAUCGUCACCGGGCUGCCGCUCCACUAUCUGUUCAUGUCCGCCUACGCGAUCGUCAUCGUGCUGACGAUCUUCGCCUCACGCAGCAUCAUCGCGCUCGCCUACGAUUCCGGCGGCGUCACGUCGUCGACCGUGACCGUGCCGCUGGUCGCAGCACUCGGCCUCGGCCUUGCCGCCAACGUGCCCGGCCGCAGCCCGAUGCUCGACGGCUUCGGCCUCAUCGCGUUUGCCUGCGUCUUUGCCGUCAUCGCGGUGCUGGGUUAUGCCCAGCUCUCAUCGGCGCUCCAAGCCGCGCGCAAGCGCCGAUCAUCCGGGAAAGGAGCUUAG